UGUGACCUCUACUGCAGUUGAAAAUACUUGAGAGCGGAGACUGCAUCUUUUGAUUUUUCUGACGAUGUAGCCUAUCUCUGUGUAGAUAGAGUGACUGAAUUUCUUUUAGCACGAGUCCUUUCAUUUUUGUCCUCAGCCAUCGCAACAAGGGCAUAUGUGCGCCUUUCUGCUUAAUUUCGGAGUAGGGGUGCUGUGUGUUGCUGGGGUAGAGUCCGUUUUAGCAGCACUGCAUCAACAUGGCUUUGUUUGGCGUGCAGCUGGUGGUUACCAUGGUAAUGGCCAGUGUUAUUCAGAAAAUUUUACCUCAUUACUCCUUCGCAAGAUGGCUACUGUGCAGUGGCAGUCUGCGGUGGUAUCAACAUCCCACAGAAGAUGAGUUGAGGAACCUGGCUGGUAAACAAAAGGGACAAAAACGGAAAGACAGGAAGUACAAUGGUCACAUAGACAAUAAACCGCUAACGGUUCCAAAGGACAUAGACCUGCAACUGGAGACAAAAUGCAUCACAGAAGUCGACACAUUAGCAUUGUACUACUUUCCUGAGUUCCAGUGGCUGGUGGAUUUCACAGUAGCAGCUACAGCAGUGUAUCUGAUUACAGAGCUUUACUACAGUGUGGCCCAGCCCUCAGGGGAGAUGAACAUCAGCGUGGUCUGGUGCCUACUUGUACUCGCCUUUGUCAUUAAAAUCCUUUCAUCCCUCACGGCCCACUACUUCAAGCUAGAGGAAGGAGGCGAACGCUCCCUCUGCAUAACCUUUGCUUUCUUUUUUUUUGUCAAAGCAAUGAUUAUUCUCAUUGUCACCGAAAACUAUCUGGAGUUUGGUCUGGAGACAGGUUUUGCAAAUUUUUCUGACAGUGCUCAACAGUUUCUAGAGCAUCAGGGCUUAGAUUCACAGGGCCCCAUAUCUAAACUCACCUUCAAGCUGAUCCUGGCCCUUCUCUGCUCUCUGAUUGGAGCUUUUCUUACGUUUCCUGGCCUACGAUUGGCCCAGAUGCACCUAGAUGCACUUAAUCUAACCACGGCAAAAUUUACACAAACUUUGCUUUAUAUCAACUUCCUUUCCCCUCUCAUUAUGGUCCUGCUGUGGGUAAAGCCUAUUACCAAGGACUACAUACUGAAUCCCACUCUUGGGAAGGAGAGUGUGCCUUUGAUGAGUGAGGAGACAUUUGAUACGUUGAGGUUAUGGCUUAUUAUACUGAUGUGUGUGCUCCGACUCGCCAUGAUGAGACAUCACCUACAGGCCUACCUCAAUCUGGCACAAAAGGGUGUGGACCAGAUGAAGAAGGAGGCAGGACGGAUAAGCACAGUUGACCUGCAGAAGAUGAUUGCACGUGUUUUUUACUACUUGUGCGUAAUCGCACUACAGUAUGUGGCACCACUGGUGAUGUUGCUACAUACAACUUUGCUGCUAAAAACUUUAGGUGGUCACUCCUGGUUGAUCUUUCCAGAAGAAGACCUGCCUUGCCUCCAUAAUAUGAACCCUGAUUCUGUGUUUGGGGCAGAACAAAUAGCAAAUCCAAAACCAGAUACAGUGGUGGAAACUGGAGCCCAGGCAUCUGUGGCCCAACUUUCAAUGGCUCUGGGGGGCUUACGGACUGUUUUUAGCCCCCUACUUUUCAGAGGCCUCUUCUCCUUCUUCACCUGGUGGAUUGCUGCCUGUCUUUUCUCCACCUCUAUUUUUGGCCUCUUCUACCACCAGUAUCUAAUGGCAGCAUAACAGCAGCAGCAAACUUAAAAUGCGGCAUUUAAACCUCUACAGUGCUACAACCGUAUGUUGGGAACGGACUGACAAAGACUUUAUGUGGGGCUACCGAGGCCUACUCGUGACUCUGCUCCUCCAUUCUUACUCCUCCUCGUCUCUGACCGCCUCAGAACAACUGAUCAUAUCAUCAAAGCUCAGCUCUUGGUUUUAUUCCCAGUGCUUCCUCCACAGAUGACUGUGAACUUUUGAUUUUACUUGUAGAAAAGUGAUGUUUUUAUUAAUUUGAGCAGCAAAUGCUGGAAGUCUUUAUAAGGCUUAUAAUCAUAAAUUGUGAGAAAUAAAUUAAUUUCAUCACUAAAGUGACAUAGCUUUAAAAAAUAAAUACUACAGACAUCUUUAUGAAUUUGAAUGAUAAAACAGUUGUUAAUUGUAGUGGACACUUUUUAAAAUGUGGACUUUCAUGCAAUUCUGCAUUGUUUUAUAGAAACUGGGGGCUAAUCUGAUUUAUUCACAGCAGCCCUCAUGUUAUAAGUCUUUAAUCUUAAACGGAUUCAGAUUCAUGUUUUGUAAAAAAAAAUAAUAAUAAUCCUAAAUGUAGCUUAUUUACUGCUCAAUGCAGAUCAGUCAGAAUAGGAUUUAAAAAUGUUAUCCUAACCUUUAAACAGUCUCUUAUUUUAAUGGUUGUCAGGUCAUUUUUAAAAUAGAGCAUCAGGCUCGGGAUGGUAUGAAAAUAAUAACACCACAGUUUGAAUAACAUACUGUAAAAUGAAUAUAAAAAAAAUUUAAUAGAUAAUCUUUUUUUUUUAUGUGAAAUCAGAAGUUCCUACUGCUGUUAAGCUCUCAGAACAUAUUGUUUAUAAUGCUACUCUAGGCUCCAUAGCGCUGGAGAAAUGGCUCCUUGGACACUUUCUCUGGUUUUAAAGGAAUUUCAAUAUAAAUAAUAAAUGAAAAUUUUAGCAGUUUUUAAAUCCUUGGUACUGACUUGGUACCAGUAACUUGCUAAUGCCUGAGUUAUUUGAAAACUUUCUGGAACUAUGGAGUAUGAUUGGGCAGACACAGACAUACAAUCUGGGAACCAGGGUAGAUAAAGCCUCAGUUUAAAUUAAAUGCAUUGUAAAGAAGCUACAUUUAAAUCUGGAUUGUAGUAAUCAGACACUUUUUAAUGUCUUUUUAGUAGUUUGUUUUUUCUGUAUUUGUUGGGAAACUGAUAUCUACCUUACUUUGUUCACCUUUUUUUUGUCUUGCUUAAGUGCUGGUCAUUUCCGCCCUUCUGUAAAACGCCAAUAAAAAGAUAUAUCUCAUGAUUAUGACUUAGCUAUAGCUAUGACAUCAUUAUGAGAUAUAAGUUGUUGGUUUUUCCGAUAGUGGCUAAAACAGGCUUCCACAUUUCUCCCCUUCACCAGGACUUAAUGUUUCUCUACCUGACUUUUUCAGGAUAUGAGAAGAGGUCGUUUUGUCGUGAAACGUGUUCAACAUGCAUCACUUUCUGUCCAACUUAGGGGCUAUAUUUACCCACUUUGACGACCAGUGAUUCAAAUAAAUACUCUGUAAUCCACUCAUAGUGUACUGUAAGAAAAUGUCUUGUGACUUUGACAGAUAUUAGCUCGCUGCUGGGGAUUACUCAUAGUUCUUAUGGUUUUAAUCGCAGAUCAUAAUGUGUCAUAACUGGCCAAAAAAAGGGAUCUAAACCUCCAAUAUAAUUAUAUAUUUAACUGUUUAAUUUAUAUUUGCAAUAAUUAGUUAACUACCUAAUGAAUUUAACUGUUACUUUAUAUCGAACACAUGGAUGUAAACUGGUAGAAGGUCGAGACCAAAUGACAGUUGGUACAAAGAUGGGUUAUUAGUUCUGUCUUUAAAUGUUAGAAUUUUUUUUUCUUUAACAAAAUGACCUGCUUUUUGUACCUGAAGUGUCUCACAUAGUCUUAAAACUUUAUAUUAAGGACCAGAGAAUCUUAACUGAGGUUGAAAGCAUGGCAAACAAGAGCUGUUCUCACCAAAGAGCAAAGUGAAACCAUACUUCCUUGCCCUGAAGUUCAGGUGGUUGACUGAGUUUAAAAAGAAUAAAAAGGAUUUCUGAUGUAUUUCAAGUUUAGUUUGUUGCUUUCAUGGUUUUACGUGAGCCAUUUUAGUAGGUGUGUGAUAAGAUGAAUCGGUUUUAUGGUAGACCAACAUGGGCUCUGUCGGCGCCCGGCAUCAUGUCCCUGUCUGCUGGUUUCGUGUUCUCAGCUGUUCGUCAGCGCUAUACUCAAAGGGCAUUUUGAUGAAAAGAGUCAGCUGCUGUCAAGAUUGCACAGUUUGUUCCGUUUUUUUUUUUUUCUUAACCAUCAAAUUGAAGAACGUGUUUGUUUUUGUUGGUUUUUCUGUUUGUUUUUUGGUUCACAAAUAUACAUUUUAAAAUUGUGCCAAGUAAAGAUCGUAAUACCCAACAAUCUUUUGCUAAGUUGCUGUAGGUUGUAUUUCUGCUAUUGUAGGAAACUGCACUGGAACACUGAGGCCUUGAGUUUUCCGGAGAUCUGACUAGGUGCAUUAUGGAAUACUACUGUAGUUUUGGUUCAAACAAAGACUACAGGUGUUCACUAGAUCUUAGUGGAAAGUGUUAGGUUGGAAGGAAAAUAUGCGCACAAGAAGUCAUGUGCUGUUGACUUCCUGGCCAACAUGGUUGCCCGGUGUUGUUAGGAAGUAGGACGCAAAGUUUUAAGUUCUCUUUGGUCCAACUCUUUACGUUUGAGCUUCAGUUUUGAUUGAGCUCUGGUUUAUUAACUCCAGUUUUAAGUGUUAUACACAACUACAUAUUCUAGCAACACCAUAUCAAUUUCUUUUUCUGUGUUGGCUUUAGUUUGUAUCUGUUGGAAACAGUGGGGAAUAUGCUCAUAGUGAAUGUAUCAGUCCUGCCUAAUUUUAUAAUUAAUUGAUUUAAGUUGAUUUUACCCCAUCAUUAACUCCACAUCACUGCAAUCCACACAUUCCUUGUCUAAUGUGUUUAAUCUGAAUCUAAUGUUGGUAUUUGACCUAAUCGUUUUUUCCAUUGAUUUUGGGGGGUUUUGUAUUUAUUUGCUGAAGCCUAUGAACAUUUCAAUUUAAUUGUUUUUUAUUAUUGAAGUGCAAAAUGGCUAUUUUUUUUUCUUUGUGUUUGACAAAUCAGUGACAGAUUAACUUUUAUUUAACCUCUUGGUCUGGGUAGUUGAAAUAUAUUUAGGAUAUUUUCAGAAUUCACUGUUCAGAUGAAUGGUUCUGAUGAUUUUCAGGUUGUUGUUUUUUUUUUUUACCAGUGAAAAUGUUUAUUACUUAUUUUCGAUUCACAAACUAAAAUAACAGACAUUGUUUCAUGUAUUUAUUUCUGCUUUAGAUUUUGUCUUGAAUAAAUUAUCUUCUUUACUA